CGCAGAGAGAAAAGCCUGCUGUCUCUCGCGGUGCUCAGGGUCGUGCGCGUGUCACCGUCUCACAGCAUAAAGGCGAGGUUCACAGCUUCAAAACUUGCGAUACAUGGCUUGGAGGAGGCAGCGGGCAGCCGCAGUCCGACGUGUGCUGAACACGGUCUGAACCCGAGCUGAAUGAAGCGAGUCCUCGUCUAGGCUGUUCCGAGCGCCGUGCUUUUCCCCCCUCCUUCCCUUUUCCAUUUCUAAUUUCCUUCUCGGUGAAAUCUGACACAUCAGCGGCUCGCUCGAGUUUGUAGACUGGUAGAUUUAUGCUAAUUGGCCCGCGUGCUUCGCGAUCGCAGGCGGUAUCAGAAGCAAACACACUCGGCUGAAAACUGUGGCGUUUUUAGAUGCCUUCAAGUUUGUGAGCGAGAGGGACAACCCCCCCCCCCCUCCCCCCUCCUCUUCCACCUCCUCCUCCAAACCCCGUUUUUUCACACGAGGGACAGACACACCGACAUCACCGCCAUCCUCUGCUGUAUGAAACUGAUCAGUGUCGGGAAGGAAACAAAAAAAGAAGUGGUCAAAGAUUUGACGGGAAUCAUGGCAGCUACUUUAUCAGCGGAGGAAGAGCAGGCUACCAGGCAGUUUCUGGAGGAAAUCAACAAGUGGACCAGUCAGCAUGGAGUGUCUCCGCUGUCCAGGGAAUUGGCCGUCAAGUUCCUCAUGGCUCGCAAGUUUGACGUCCUCCGAGCCAUCGAGCUGUUCCACAGUUACAGGGAAACGCGUCUUAAAGAAGGAAUUGUCAGACUUCAGCCUCAGGAGGAGCCUCUGCGGUCCGAGCUGCUCAGUGGAAAGUUCACUGUGUUGAGUGUACGAGACCCUUCAGGGGCCUCCAUCGCCUUGUACACAGCCAAACUGCAUCACCCCAACAAGACAGGCAACCAUGUGGUGCUUCAGGCCCUCUUCUACCUCCUGGAUCGGGCUGUGGAAAGCUUCGAGACUCAGAGGAAUGGCUUAGUGUUCAUCUAUGACAUGGCAGGCUCCAACUACACAAACUUUGAGCUGGACCUCAGCAAGAAGAUUCUCAACUUGCUCAAGGGGGCAUUCCCUGCCAGGCUGAAGAAGGUGCUGAUCGUAGGUGCCCCGGUGUGGUUUCGAGUGCCCUACAAUCUGCUCAGCCUGCUUCUCAAGGAGAAACUGAGGGAGAGGGUUCAGAUGGUAAAAAUGGCCGAGCUGCGCCAGCACCUCCCCAGAGACUGUCUGCCUCAGCACCUUGGUGGCCUGCUGCCUCUGGACGCGUACAGCUGGAACCAGCAGCUACUGGCGGGCCAGAAUGGCAGAAUAGACCCUGUGGAUGAAUUGGUGGGCAUCCCCUUUGAAGAUGCCUCCAUUCACGUCCCCGGACCAGAGUCCAUGCGCCCGCAGGAGCUGCUGACGCACCUCGGCAGGCUACAGCGCUCGGGCAUCCAUCAGGAGUAUGAGGAGCUACGCAAAGAAGCACCACCCGGAACCUUCCACUGUGCACAAGCAGCCUACAAUCAGGAGAAGAAUCGCUACGGCGACGUGUUGUGCCUUGAUCAGACGAGAGUUCGUUUGAAACCCAGAAAGAAUGAGAGAUCAGACUACAUCAAUGCGAGUUUCAUGGACGGCUACAAACAGAAGAAUGCCUACAUUGGUACUCAAGGACCACUAGACAGGACCUACGGUGAUUUCUGGAGGAUGGUUUGGGAACAAAAUGUCCUUGUUAUUGUCAUGACAACCAGGACCGACGAAGGCAGUCGGAGAAAGUGUGGGCAGUACUGGCCUCUGGAGGAAGGUGGACAGGAGGUCUAUGGCCACAUAGCAGUAGUGAACCAGAGGGUGGACCGCCACAGCCACUACAACCACACCACUCUUGAACUGCACAACACUGAGACAUGUGAACAGAGACAAGUGAGUCAUUUCCAGUACCUCAGCUGGCCCGACUAUGGCGUCCCCACCUCAGCAGUGACUCUGAUUGACUUCCUGGGAGCUGUGAAGAGACAACAGAGAAAAAUGGUCAAGGCUCUGGGAUCUCAGUGGACAGGCCACCCGCUGGGACCGCCAAUGGUGGUCCACUGUAGUGCAGGGAUUGGGAGAACAGGUACCUUCUGUGCCCUGGACAUCUGUCUGUCCCAGCUACAGGACGUAGGCUCACUUAACGUGUGCCAGACAGUGCACCGCAUGAGAACACAGAGGGCCUUCAGCAUUCAAACCCCAGACCAGUACUACUUCUGCUACAAUGCCAUUUUGGAACACGCCCAAAGACAGGGCCUCAUCCCAGCCAAUCAGUGAACUUCAGCCAUGACCUUCCAAACCAGUCCAUGAGCCCUGUGAUUCCUGCAGUCAAGUCUGUUAGCUCCAAGCCAUGUUUUGUGAUCAGUUAGCCCAGGAACUGUAACUUCCUCACAGAUGCUGUCUUUACAAAAGAUAAAAAUAAAAACUAGGCCAUAGCUUUUUGGCAGACCAAGA